AUGGAAAAAAACGAACAACUACGGGCAGAAUAUCCACCUUUUCAAUCACCAUCAAAUCUUACAGUUCGUCAUCUUCACCAUUAUUCGUCAAUCGAAACGGUAGAAGAAUUAAUAAUGAAGGCAAGAACAACAAAUAUAUAUGCAAUCGAUACAGAAUCCCAAAUAAUAAACAAGGUAGCAAAAGGUGCCCUCGUACAAAUCCAAUUUAUUCAUUCAAUUCACGAGUCAACAUUAAUAUUAAUUGAAAUGUUUUACUUACCUGAUCAAAAUUCAUUAUUAUUCAAGAAAAUUAAAGAACUUUGCUCAAGCAUAUUUGGUGAUGAAAAUACAAAAAUUACCUGGGGACCAUUCGACAAUGAAUUUAAAAAUUUUCAUUCAUAUGGAUUAUUUGAAAAAGGUAAGAUUAAAAAUACAAUAAACUUACAGGAUCAUUUUAGUGGCUGGUACAACAAAUUUCCAAGUAUCACGCAUCCCGUGAGGGAAAGCCGUGAACAGCAAGCUAACUGGUCCUUGCAGGAUGCAAUGGCAACAGUUUUUCAACAAUUCUUAGACAAGAACGAAACAGUUAACAAGUGGUGUUGUGGACUGGACUUCAAACUCAACACAUGGAAGAAAAAACUGUUUAGUAAGAACCAUUACAAUGCAAAUGAAGAACAAGAAAAACGUAUAUCAAUGAUAAAUUAUGCCGUUGCAGAUUGUACCGCUGUCACUAAGCUUUACUUUAUGAUAUAUCCAUUAAAUGCAACUAUUCAAACAAAUUAUGAAACACCAAAAACAGCAUCGACAAAUAUUACAUUAAAUAUUGAUGAUUUAACCGACAUUAGUGAAGACGACGAACCCAAAAUAUUAAUGCCAAGAUUCGAUAAAGAACCUCAAAAAUUAUUACCAAAAUUUGAUGAACAAAAUUAUGUAACAAUUGAAGCAACUGAAGAAGAAAUGAACGAAUUUAAUGCACAGAAACAACAACAAACACAAGAAGAAACAACAAGAACAACAACAAAACUAUCAAAAUCUGAAAAACAAAGAAAGAAAAACCUGAAGUUAAAAUGGAAACAAAAACAUCAUCCAAAUUUUCAAUACAAAAUAAAACGGCCCAUUUACCACCGAUAUGAUUUUCGAAAAAUACGGGCCCAAUUACGUGAUGAUAACAUAUAUACAAGCCAUCAAAUUACAAUAAAUCGAAAAUAUAAUGAAGUUACAAUUGGUCUCAAAUCCCGACAAGAAUUAGAACAUGCAACAAAAAUUAUAAAAAUAAAUUAUUUUUCAAAAUCACAAUAUGCUGAUCGAUGGGGUUAA